CGAGAAAUUAAAAAAAAAAAAAAAAACGAAACUCAAAACCACAGUUUGGAGAACUCUGAUAAAGGCACACUCUUCGCGUCGUUUCAAAAGUUGUUUAUAUAUCUUCAUAAUCCAGGUGCUCGCUAACUCGUCGGUUUAUAAACAUUAAAGAUUUGUCGGGCGACAGGAGAUUAUAUCAACUUUUGAUUUUAGUGUAACUUUAUGUGUUCGUAGCUCGUACAUCAUAUGUAGAGUGAAUAAUUUUCUUCUUUAUACUUGAUGAAGUAUUCAAAUACGUAAAUCGAAAAUCGCAUCUUUUAAAGAUAAAAUCAACGAUGUCAAAGAGACCAUCGGGUGCCGAAUAUAGAAAAUUAAAGAAACGAAGAGAAGAGGAAGACAGACAAAAUGCAAAUCGUACUAAGCUCAUGGACAAAUAUAUAUGUAUUUCUACUGCAGCGACUUUGGCUCCAAUUGAGGCUCCUCUUAUAUUGCAAGUAAAUAAAGCGGAAACACCUGUAAUUGCAUUGACCGAAGAACUUUCAAUUCAAAACUCAUCAAAAGAACUUCAAAUUUCGACAAUUUUGUCAUCAGAAGAGGCUAUUCCAUCUUCAUCAUUGGAACCACUUCCAACAUCAACACCAUCAGAAGUGCUUCCAAUUUCUGAAAAGAACAUAGAAGAGCCAAAAGUUCCGAUUGACACACUAUCUAUAAAUUAUAACGAUCCAACUUCGUGGCCUCCAAUGUCUGAUAAAAUUAAACAAAUACUUGUUGCUCAUGGUUCAGAUCAAGGUAAUGACAUAAAUUUUAAGGAAUUACCAAAGAAUGCAUCGGGAAGAAGGUUAAAAAAAGACUGGUUUUUAGAUAAGCAACAAAAUGGCGAGAAAAUUGAAAGAAAGUGGCUUAUUUAUUUUAAAAAUAAAAAUGCAAUUUUUUGUUUUCCUUGCUUAGUGUUUGAUGAUUCUAAUCAUUCAAAGCAUUUAGCGAAUUCGGCGGAGGGAUUUAAUGACUGGAAACAUUUGAGUCCCACAUUACCAGAUCAUGAAAAUUCCAUUGCUCAUCGUGACAAUUAUGUUAAGUGGAAGCUUCUUGAAAAAAAUAUUAGAAAUAAUGUCCUCAUUGAUGAUUACGUAAUCAGUCAAUUUGAGGAAGAAAAAAAGAAGUGGCGUGAAAUUUUAAAAGUCAUUAUUGACGUUAUUUUAUUUUGUGCUUCAAACAAUCUAACGCUUAGAGGACCAGUUGAACAAAUUGGAAAUCCUGAAGCAGAAAUGAAGAGAUAACCAUUCAAGCUAAAAAGUGAAGUGGACGAGGAUUUGGAGGAGAUAAGUGUGAUAACCCCAGCGAACUUUAAUUACUUGGAAGAGGAGACGAAGAUACCAAAGUGGAUGAGGAAAUCAUAGAAGAGAAACGAACCCCGAAAAAUAACAGAAGAACAUUAACACCCCAUGUGGAAAUCAGCCCAACUUAGCCCAACUAAUAAUUAGGCCCCAACUGAGCAGCCCAAUUAACAAAAAGUGACAUUAAUUCACAAAUUAUUUUCAUUAAAUCAUUACGUAUGUGCAAUCUAACCCAAAUCUUGAAACUUUACCAAUUAUUCCGAAUUUUUCAUUAUCAAUACUUAUGUUGAUAAAGUUGGUGAGUAUUUUAUUCUGUGCUUGGGCGUAUAUUGGGUUUACACAUAGAAUGCGCAAAGUGGGCGCUAUCGGAGCAAACUAGUCGGGCACCAAUCAUUAGGCACCUUCAUUAGGCGUACCCAUAGAACGCCCAUAGUGGGCAUCAUAAAUUAUUUGACAGAUUACUCUAAUCGUAAGAUUCAGUGGAUGCAAUCCCAGCCAAAUCCUGAAUACAUUCUCAUUAUUCCGAAAUUUCAAUUGUCAAAACUUAUGUAGAUAAAUCCGAUCAGUGCUUGAUUUUUUACUUAAUUGGGCUUAAAUUGAGCUCACCCGUAGAACGCCCAAAGUAAGCACUAUUGAAGCAAACGAGUCUGGUCGCACAAAAUGUAACUCCAGUUAUAUCGAUAGAGGGCAGUAGAAAGAUAAAAUAUCGGCUGUGGUCAACUGCUAUUUACUUCGGUAAAGUUAUUGUAAACUGUAUCCGUUUAGGAAUAAAUAAAUAAAUCGAUAGUGCUGAUAAAAAACACCGUGCGAAUAGUGAAUUAGGCUCACGGGUUGAAAAAUAAUGA